AACAUGAUGCAGAGGAGGUGUGGAUGUGAGAUUGGAGAGGACUGUCAGCACAUUCCUGUUUCACUGACCGGAUUUAGCUGAAUGUUGGAGCUGAGAUCUUUUAAACAUCUGGAUCCAGCAGAAGCAGAAAAUGGAGGAGCAUUCGUCCGCUGAGUUAUUCAGACCUGUUUUUGUACAGGCCGACUACACUGUCUUUGCUGCCAUGUUGUUAGUUUCCAUGGCGAUAGGACUUUUCCAAGCCCUGAAGAAUAAGCGAAGUGACACCCCAGCAGAAGCCUUCUUCACUGGUGGUCGGAGCAUGCCAGCUGUGCCUGUUGGGCUGUCGCUCUGUGCCAGUUUCAUGUCAGCAGUCCAGGUUCUGGGUGUUCCCUCUGAAAGUUAUCGCUUCGGCUUCAAAUUCCUCUACAUGUGUCUUGGACAAAGCAUCAACUCCUUGCUGACUGCUUACCUGUUUUUGCCUGUUUUCUUUCGACUGGGCAUCAUCAGCACCAAUCAGUAUCUGAAGAUGAGAUUUGGCAAAGGGAUGCAGCUGUUGGGAAGUCUCCAGUUUCUCCUUGCAACGGUACAAUCAGCAUUUGUUCAUCAAAGUUCAAAGACUUUAUUGUUUCUGAAGAAAAUAUUAAACUUUGCUAGUUGUAAUGUUAUUUUCUGGAUGGCUAUUGAUUUGCUUGUGUUCUUAUUUUCUCAGCUGCUUUACACGGGGAUUGUCCUUUAUGCACCAGCCUUGAUCCUAAACCAAGCCACUGGACUGAAUAUGUGGAUGUCUUUGUUUUCAACUGGGAUCAUUUGCACAGUGUACACCACACUGGGAGGCAUUAAAGGUGUAAUCUGGACUGAUGUGUUUCAGAUUGUCAUCAUGUUGGCAGGCUUCAUGGCUAUUUAUGUCCAUGGCACAAUUCUGGUUGGCGGUCCUGCACAAGUGCUGAAGAUCGCUUACAAUGGAUCACGCAUAAAUUUUCAUGAUUUUGACAUUGAUCCACAGAAACGUUACACUUUUUGGAGCCUUUCUGUUGGUGGUUCAUUGGUUUGGUUGUCCAUGUACGGUGUGAACCAAGCACAGGUUCAGCGCUACAUCUCCUGUCGAACAGAGCGAGAGGCCCAGUUGGCUCUAUUUGUGAAUCAAGUGGGUUUGUGCCUCAUUGUGAGCAGUGCAGCAACCUGCGGCAUUGUUAUGUUUGCAUAUUACAACUACUGUGAUCCGCUGAACUCUGGGAAGAUUUCUGCACCCGAUAUGUACAUGCCAUUCUUUGUGAUGGACAUAUUCCGAAGCCAUCCAGGUUUUCCAGGUCUUUUCAUCGCCUGUGCAUUUAGUGGAACUUUGAGCACGGUUUCCACGAGUAUCAAUGCCAUGGCUGCAGUGACCUUGGAGGAUGUGCUGCGACCCCAUCUGCUCCACAUGACGCAGAAGAAACUGAUCCUUGUUUCCAAAGGACUCUCAAUCCUUUAUGGAAUCGGGUGUAUCACUGUGGCUGUUUUGUCUUCCUUCCUGAGCUGGGGAGUUCUUCAGGGUUCUUUCACUGUCAUGGGUGUUGUCAGUGGGCCAUUACUGGGUGUUUUCAUUCUGGGAAUGUUUAUCCCUGCUACAAAUAGGCUGGGGGCAUUCUCGGGGAUAUUGGUGGGCUUCUGUGUGUCUCUGUGGCUGGCUGUAGGUUCAACUCUUCACCCACCCAGUGAGGAAACAAUGGGUGUUUUGCCGAGCUUCACCGGAAGCUGCAGCCUCGCUAACAUUACGAUGAGCCACAACUCUAACCAAAAACAAAAAUCCAUUUCAACCGUUCUACAUCCCAAUGAUAAGCGUGGGAUCUUUAACUUCUACUCCACAUCCUACCUCUACUUUGGAGCCAUGGCCACCAGUACAGUUGUACUGGUUGGACUGGUAGUGAGCUAUGCAACAGGACAGAAUGCCCGAAAAACCUCAGGUGAUUCCUUUGAUGAACAUGAACAAAGAAGAGGUGCUCUAAAAAAUGAUGAAGAGUCUAUUAACAUUUCAUGCCUUGUUCUCCUAUUAAGUUUUUACCUUCCACAUUCUGUCGCUUCAAAAACAAUCUGCACCCCAUUUGAGUUAGAUUGGUGGCUUUUUUACAGUUUCACAUGCUGGCAUCAGAUAUUUUUUGGAAAAUGUUAUCAUGUAAUCCUUCUGUGUGCCAUUUCUCUGGAACUAAGCACACCUGCAUCAUGCCAACAGUUGCAUGAAAGGAACUGGUAAAAUGAGUCAGUUGAAAAAGAGUCUGUCUUUUAUUUCCUAGUCAUGUGGCCAGGAGGAAUUUAAUAAUUGUAGCAAUAACCGUAUAAUGCAAAGUAUUUUUAAGCAUGGUGGGUUUUUUUUGUUUGUUUGUUCAUGUAUUUUAAGGUUUUGCAAUUGACCAACUUUUAUAUGAACAAAAACACAAUUUAAAAAAAAAUCCAAAUUACGUUAUUGCUCAGUAACAAAGAUCUGAAGUUAAUGGAAUUAUCAAAUUUUUAUGCUUUAUGCAUGUAACUGUAGACUAAGUUUGAUGUUUGUUUAUAUUAUGUUGUAUUUCAGCAUUUACCACCACUGCAGUUUUUUGUCAUUGCCACCUUGUAGAUAUAACACUAUUACACUUCCUUUUAAUAAGGACAUUCUUGGUAUUUAAUAAUUGCCAAUUUGAUAUAUAUGGAGAAAUGUCUCACUGAAAAUAAAGCAAUCUGUUAAAAU